UGUUUUCAUCUUAUAAAAAGGUACCCCGGGUGUGUGUCGUGGGCGCAGGACCUGCUGGCUUUUAUGCAGCAAUGCAUUUAACUAAGAAACUGGAGAAUGUAUGUAUUGAUAUUAUAGAAAAGCUGCCAGUUCCAUUCGGAUUAGUAAGGUAUGGAGUUGCCCCUGAUCAUCCAGAAGUAAAGAAUGUUAUAAAUCAAUUCACCAAAUUUGCUCAACAAACAAAUGUUAAUUUUUAUGGUAAUAUAACCUUAGGAGAGGAUAUCAAUUUGUUACAAUUGAGACAACAUUAUGAUGCUGUUUUGUUGACUUAUGGAGCAGAGGAAGAUAAGACUUUAGGUAUUGAAAAUGAAGACGCUACUAAUAUAAUUGCUGCGAGAAAUUUUGUGGGAUGGUAUAAUGGUCAUCCUAGAGAUAGACAUCUUAAGGUUGAUUUAUCUGGACCUGUAGCAGCUAUUCUUGGUCAAGGAAAUGUAGCACUUGAUGUUGCUAGAAUAUUGUUGUCGCCAUUAGAUACUUUGAAAAAAACUGACAUUACAGAGUAUGCACUGCAAUCAUUAGCAGAAUCAAAAAUCAAAGAAUUAUAUCUUGUAGGAAGAAGAGGCCCACUAAAUGUGGCAUUUACAAUUAAAGAACUCCGUGAACAAAUUAAACUUAAAAAUUGUGCAACAGUUUGGAGGGAAAAUGAUUUUGCAGGUGUUGCAGAAGCUGUUAAAGAUUUGCAGAGACCUAAAAAGAGAUUGAUAGAGCUUAUGCUUAAAUCACUUAAUGAAAAUGAUGAUAUUAGUGGUGAAAAUGAAAAGUCUUUCAAACCAAUAUUUUUUAGGAGCCCAAAAAAAUUUUUGGUCAAUUCGGAAAAUUACUUAAGUGGUAUAGAAUUAAUAGUUAACAAAUUAAAAGGUGACAGAAUAGAAGAUCAAAAAUGUAUUCCAACAAAUGAAACAGAAAUUUUAAAUUGUUCUCUUGCAUUUCGUAGCAUUGGUUAUAAAAGUAUUAAAGUUGUUGAAGAUUUACCAUUUAGUGCUAAUGGUGUUGUAAUAAAUGAAAAUGGUCGAGUUUCAAACAACGAAGACAGUGAAAUAGCAAAGCUUUAUGUGGCUGGAUGGCUAGGUACAGGACCUGUAGGAGUUAUUUUACAUACAAUGAGUAAUGCAUUCCAAGUUGCAAAAUUAAUCUGUGAGGAUUUAAAAAAACAUAACAAUUACAAUAAGGAUGGAUUUGCUGGAGUUAAAAAUGAUAUUAAUAAGAAUAUUCCUGUAAUAGAUUGGAGUGGUUGGGAAAAAAUUGAUAAAUAUGAGUGUGAUGAAGGUAAAAAACUUGGUAAACCUCGCGAGAAACUGACAUCCUUUUUGAUGAUACCAACACCGAAAAUCUACUUGUUCACAAUGACCGAGGAAAACUGGAACGAUGAUGGUGCCGAGGCGGGCAGCAUGGCCAUCGACAGCAUGCCAUUGCCACAACCGGCUGACAUUCCCGAAAUUAAACUGUUCGGGAGAUGGAGUUGCUACGAUGUCCAGGUUUCAGAUAUGUCGCUACAGGAUUACAUUUCAGUCAAGGAGAAAUACGCUAAAUACUUGCCACACUCGGCUGGUAGAUACGCUCACAAGCGAUUCCGUAAAGCGCAGUGCCCUAUUGUCGAACGUUUGACAAAUUCCUUGAUGAUGCAUGGACGCAACAACGGAAAGAAAUUGAUGGCCGUGCGUAUUGUUAAGCACGCUUUUGAGAUCAUCCAUCUUCUGACUGGCGAAAAUCCUCUUCAAGUUCUUGUGACAGCUAUUAUCAACUCUGGUCCUCGUGAAGAUUCCACUAGAAUCGGUCGUGCUGGUACAGUGCGUCGUCAAGCUGUGGAUGUGUCCCCACUUCGUCGUGUGAACCAAGCUAUCUGGUUGUUGUGCACAGGAGCACGUGAAGCAGCAUUCAGAAACAUUAAGACAAUUGCGGAGUGUGUUGCUGAUGAACUUAUUAACGCUGCUAAGGGUUCAUCAAACUCUUACGCUAUUAAGAAAAAGGAUGAGUUGGAACGUGUUGCUAAAUCCAACCGUUAAGUAUGUUUUAAGAGGACUUAAUAAAAAAUAUGAAAAAA